AUGCAGCCUUCGGAUACAGACAAGACACGAGAGUUCUUUGACGGGGCGUUCACCCUUCGUGAGCUCUACCAUCAUGAACGUGCCUAUGCUAUCGAGGCUAUGUUUCGGCCAGAUCACUGCCUUGCAAGCGCCAUUUUCAACCCAUCAAGCAAGCCGCCUCAGCACUUCCAUACCUAUCAAACAGAGUACCUCAAGGUCACAGCGGGCAAGGUAGUGGUCCAGGUAGAGGGCCGUGAACUGCUUCUCUCGCCUACCGACGAUGAGCUGCGCAUUCCGCCAUGGACGUAUCACUGCGUAUAUCCACCCUCGUCUGCGACAUCUCUCUCAGAAGAGGAGCGCCAAGUACCUGGCGAUAUAAAGGUCAUCAUGUCAAGCGAAAAGACGUCUCAACCCUUUCACGAGGAUAUCAUCUUCCUGGAGAACUGGUAUCAUUAUCUAAAUGAUAUCAUAAUACACGGCGCCAAGCUCGAUUUACUACAAUUGAUGUCUUCAUUCGAUGCCGCUGGAUCGUACCUCGCAUUUCCUGCAUGGCUCCCCUUCGGGCGAUACCUAUCUCGAGCCACAGGUAUUAUCAUUGGACGAUACCUAGGCAGCAUGCUAGGAUACCAACCAUAUUAUCGCAAGUGGACCACAGACUGGCAGCGGGCUCGUGAAAGGAUGGACACCUCUAUAUUCUACCGGCGUUUUGCGAACCCAACGGCGAACAGCUGA